AUGUUCCUAAGUCGAUCCUUUGGUCCAUCAUGUUCUCCGGCAUUGCAUAGACAUGUGCAGGAACAGGGCGAGAGGUGGAAAGAAGCACACAUGCUCUGCACCAUGGCAGGGGUGUGCCUGGAGUUUCAGCAGGUGGAGCAGGCAGAGCAUCACGCACGCAGCGCCGUUCGCCUCGCAAAUGGCCUCGGGGACAGGACUGAGGGCAGGGAUUCGUAG